UCCCUGUGAAACGGGCGCCUCCAUUGGCUGGGGCUCGCUGAGACACUCACGCGCACAAUGUCUCUCCUCUUUUGUUAUUGUAGCGAGCGCGAGGAGAGGCUUCGGGAGAGCAGCAGGAUGCGCGAGCGGAGACAGAGAGGCUGAUAGACUGAUAUCGACUGUGAUAGAGACAGAGUCAGACAGAACCGGAGAGAGGGGGAAGGGGGAAGGGAUUUCGGAAUACUUCUUCAUUAGCCCCCCCAACCCCUUGAAAAGAGAACCUCUACUUAUUUGUCUGCUGUCCUGUGGAUGACAGGAUGUCGGUGAACCCCCCCAGCAGUAAUGACGCCUGCCUCAGCAUCGUGCACAGCCUGAUGUGCCACCGGCAGGGCGGGGAGAACGAGGGCUUCGCCAAGCGCGCCAUCGAGAGCCUGGUGAAGAAGCUGAAGGAGAAGAAGGACGAGCUGGACUCGCUCAUCACCGCCAUCACCACCAACGGCGUGCACCCCAGCAAGUGCGUCACCAUCCAGAGGACCCUGGACGGCCGGCUGCAGGUGGCCGGGCGGAAGGGGUUCCCCCAUGUGAUCUACGCCCGUCUCUGGCGGUGGCCCGACCUGCACAAGAACGAGCUGAAGCACGUCAAGUUCUGCCAGUUCGCCUUCGACCUCAAAUACGACAACGUCUGCGUCAACCCUUACCACUAUGAGAGGGUGGUGUCGCCUGGCAUCGUGGGCCUCAGUCUGCAGAACACCGGACCCCCAGGGCGGCUGAUCAAGGAGGAGUUCAUCCAUGACUGCAUUCAGAUGGACGGGGGUCCACCGGGGAUGGCGCCGCAGCCCGACCACCAGGGGGCGCUGAAGCUCCCCCCGCCAGAGCACUACGGCCAGCCCCUCCCCCCGCUGCAGCUGCCGUCCGAGCCCCCCCGUGCCCCCCCGCCCGUCACCCUCUAUCCCAACAUGCCCCUCUCCCCCCCAGCCUCCAACUCCAUGAUGUCCAUGCAGGGGGGUCACAGCGAGGGGCUGCUGCAGAUCGCCUCCCCCCAGGGUCAGGUCAUGGCCCACGCCCCUCCCACCACCCCCACCCACGGCCCCCCCAGCCCCCCCUCCCAGAACGGCUAUGGCACCCCCAAACACUCUCAGCCCCAGGGAGCUUUCCACACCACCUGGACAGGCAGCAACACGGCCUCCUACACUCCCGUAGGACCCCAGCAGAAUGGGCGGGGCCACCAGCAGCCUCCUCUCCACCACCCCUCCCACUUCUGGUCUCAGCACCACAAUUCAGCCUCCUUUCCACCUCUCGUCUCCAACCAUCCAGGGCCGGAGUUCUGGUGCUCCAUCUCGUACUUUGAGAUGGACGUGCAGGUGGGGGAGAUGUUCAAGGUCCCGGCCAGCUGUCCCGUGGUGACGGUGGACGGGUACGUGGACCCCUCGGGGGGCGACCGCUUCUGCCUGGGACAGCUCAGCAACGUGCACCGCACCGACGCCAGCGAGAGGGCCAGGUUGCACAUUGGGAAGGGGGUGCAGCUGGAGUGUCGGGGGGAAGGGGACGUGUGGAUGCGGUGUCUCAGCGACCACGCCGUCUUCGUGCAGAGCUACUACCUGGACCGGGAGGCGGGGCGGGCCCCGGGAGACGCCGUGCACAAGAUCUACCCCGGGGCCUACAUCAAGGUGAGGGACCUCAGGCAGUGCCACAGGCAACCACCCACUGCACAGCAGCAGCGCCACUCCACAGCCAGCAGCGCAGCAGGCGCGCGUGGCGGAGGAAACAUUCCGGGCCCGGGCAGCGUGGGGGGCAUCGCACCCGCAGUCAUCUUUCGCCGCCCGGGGAUCAGGCGUGGAGAUGAGCACUGCGCCAGGCUCUGCAUCACGCGGCUGAGCUGGGGGCUGGGGGCGGAACUUCCCCCGGCAGGCCUGGGAUCCAGCGGCGAGGAGGCGAGAGUGGGAGGCGAUGAGGAGACCAGACCGGCGGAGGUGGAGCAGAGGGAUCAGAGGGAGAGGGCUGCAGUACAGGAGGAGAUCUGA